CUGGUCGUGAUGAGCAAGGUCACGUCGUUUGCUGUCGAUGUUCAUCCAUGAAAAGGCCAUUUGUCGCAUGACAUGCAUUGGGUCGUUCACUCAUGUUUUGGGCUCAAGACACAAGGCGCAUGUGUUCCGGACGAUGCCGACCAUGGCAAACGGCAAAAGAUACAUGCACAUUUCAGCUGACGGUUUUUCGAUCGACCGUGCGCCCGGUUUUCCGAUCGACCGUGCCGCUGGCACGGGAACCAGAACAUCAUUUCGGUGGCGAAGCAGGGCGUGUAGCCAUGAGUGCCAAGUGGGGCUGUCCCAUGCCUGCGGAUGACAACUUGAAAUGGCAGUCCAGGGAGUGGUGCCCUCAAAUCUCUGGAGCUUCCUCCAUCGGGGUGAGCAGCAUUUGCGUGAGCAGCACCGGUGGCACUGGAUUGUCAAGAAGCCUCUUUGCAGCGAAUCUCUCCUCGCGAGCUUCUUCAGACUCGGGCUCCUGGCACAGCCGGUCCAUCUCGAUGGCUGACUUCCAACAGAGGCAUUACUUAGAGGACCUGAAGUCUUUUGCUGCGAGCUUCACCCUACCCAUCAUGCUGGUCAAGGAAUGUGUGGGUCAGGUCGAUGACGACUUGCUUCAAACGGUUCUUCGCCUCGACGCCCAGGCACAAGGAUUGGUCGCCUUUGCAGAGGGAAUCGUCCAGAACUUCACCACCAGCUGCUUCAAAGUGCUAGACUCUGUUGCCAGUCUUUCCACGGCGAAUGGCAUCGAUAUGGACCUGCUCAAAGAGGUGAACCACCUCAUUGCCGAGUUGUUCAACAAAACGCUGGGCGCCAGGACACGAUACAUCGAAUUGCUAAGUCAGGUGCGAUACCUGGGCGAGUGUACACAACUCACCUUAGACCAGAUCAUCAUGGCUCAGCUUCCGGAAGCUGAAGGCGAGAUAGGUGAGAGCCCUAUGCCAGAUGAUUUGAAGUCUGAGCAUUGCCUAGACGUUGCGCUGCGACAACUUCAAAAGGUGUGCUGCAUGAUGGAGGACUGCCCCCAUUUUUGGCUCACCCUUCAUGGCGCCGAACUGCAGCUCCGCAAGAUUCACAAGGAAGCCCAGCUCCUGUGUAGCCAACCGCCUCGAAUGGACAACUUAGGCGGGGCACGCCUCAACGCCUUCUGCGAGAAGAUCCAAAUCCUCUGCGAGGAGCACUGUGGCAUGGAUGAGGCAAACUUGUCAUCUGUGGAGGGCUCUUUGGUCAACGAGGCUGCAAGCCACGAGGCAGGGACGGAGUUGGGCUCGUACUGACAUAGGGAUCUCGACUUCGAUAGCCUCAAUGGUGCAUGACGCACCGAUGCACAGGUUUGUAACGUCGGACGUUACGACAGGAAUUUAUCACGCGUCGAUUCCCACAGAACGAGAGGAAUCUGACUGGACUGCAUUUGCGUCGUAGAGGCUGUCCUGAAAGGACAGUGGCAACCUGAAAGCUGGGCGUCUCAUGAAAGCUGGGCGCCAGUGGUUGAACACCAUUCCAAAUGGGUGAGAACCUUCUC